AGGCGUGCCGAGUCUCGAAUGAGGCAUUCACGUUGCGCACUACAUCGUCACGUAAACAUAUUCACAAUCGGCUGCCUUCGACGGUGUACCGUGAUUCCCAGUAUAUGACAGCAGAAGGAGAGCUUAUCAAAACCCAGACUUAGUGCACCGAAAAACAGAGCGAGUGAGAGAGAAAGAGAUAAGUGUGGUGUUGUGACAAGUUUCUUCGAGUUCAAAUUGGCCGCGACGAAAGCAUGAAAAAAAAAUAGUCUGAGCCGUCUGGUUCCGAGUGACAAUCCGCGACACAAUAAUCGGGCAGCCACGAGCGCAGUGCGCAGACGAUCGGCGGGGCGCCAGAAAAAGUCGUUUAGUUCCUACCGUGGGGCGUGUUCCCUGUAUUCCGGACUGAGGUCACCCGUCCGACGCAUCGGAUGGCAAGAUGGCUUUCUUCUUUAACUUUGUUGCGAUUAGUUUCUUCGUGUACCAUCUGCUGCGCGUGAUACUUUGGGGGGUGCUCGAUUCGGACAUUGAACUCUUCUUUCUCUCCAAAUUGGGCAAACCGAUCUCUUCGCUGCGUGGAAAGGUGGUCUGGAUAACGGGGGCAUCGAGUGGCAUUGGCCGCGAACUGGCAAUAGCCCUUGCGAAGCAUGGAGUCAAAUUAUGCAUCUCUGCGCGUAAUAUUUCGGAAUUGCUGAAAGUGAAACAAGCUUGCCUGGUUCAAUCGAACGGAAGUCUCGGCCCGAACGAUGUGUAUGUGCUGGAAAUGGACAUGCUUCAUGUAAAUCAUCACAACGACUACUUUAACAUGGUUAUCGAUCACUUCAAAACGGUAGACGUUCUGGUUAACAAUGCUGGUCGAUCGCAGCGCGCCGAUUGGGGUUCCAUCAAUGUUAAAGUUGAUCGGGAGCUGUUCGAGCUGGAUGUUUUCGCGGUGGUAAGCUUGUCGCGGGUGGCUCUGAACUUUUUCGUGCGCAACUCGGUCAAAGGCCACUUGGUGGUGACGAGCAGUACGGCAGGUCUGAUCGGAGCACCGAAUUCCGGGACGUACACCGGUGCCAAGCAUGCCCUCCACGGCUACUUCGAGGCGUUGAGAAACGAGCUACCGAACAAUGUAAACAUUACCAUGUUCUGUCCUGGACCGACGGCCACAAAUUUUCUGCAAGAAUGUUUCACCGAUACCCCUGGCACGAAAUACAAUCAACGCGUACAACCGACGGACCGCAGGAUGACGAGCGAAAGGUGUGGCCAACUGUACGCGCUGGCGAUCGCCAACAAAACCCAUCUCAGCUGGGUGGGAACGUUCCCGAUCAACUUCUUGCUCUACAUCGGGUGCUAUUACCCGAACCUGAAGCGAGUGUUGCUGAAAAUCAUUGGCAGUGAGAGACUGCAGCGAGUUCGCGAUAGCCGGUAAAUUGGUGUUAAACGCGUGGAGGGCCCACGCACGGCCACCCCGCAGCCGCAGGCGUAAACCGACGGGUUGCAGCAGUCAUUCCAGUUGCGCACACUAAACGAGUAACAAAGGCCACCGUCUUCACAAGGGAGAGGAAUGCAGUCUGAGCGGUCUACGGUCCGGUGAGUGGACGACCAGCUGCAAUGCAUUUGUGUUUGGGCAAUGUUUUGCUCGAAAUGCUCUCACGAUGUCACGCUCCACGCUAGGAUUAGUCCCAUUUUCACCGCUCUUCCCGAAAGUCACAGGCAGCUAAACGAUUGUUAUUUGUUGGCAGCGUUCAUUAUUUGUAGUUCUCCAAAAAAGGUAGUUAAUUGUUUUAUGUUAAUUAUAUUAUGAGCACAGAGCAGAGCUUUGCAUUUGUUUGUUAAUUAGUGCGUUCAUUUUUGCAUAAAGUUUCGUUCGUUCGUGCACUACGUCACUGAACUGCGUUGCAGAUCGCUUUUAGAGAAGUUUAUCGCAUAAAGCCACACUAACUGUAAGGUGGAUCAGCCACAGCAUCGGUGUGGAUGUUAAUUGUAUUUAAUUCUAUUCGAUGUACGAGCAUAUUUAAAAAAGUUCAUACCGAAUCCAAUUGUUCGAAAACAUUGUGAGUUCCAACAAUACCUACUAACCACCCGAGCUCACUCGAGAGCUUAACAAUAAUAAAACAUGCUGAAAAUAUGGCACAAAUGAUGUUUGCGAAUUUUAAAUUCUAGGUGUUGAUAUGUUGGACCGCCACUAAGUUCUCGUUCUCUGUUCAGCGAUUCUAAUUCGAGGUAAAUCCUGCAUGAACAAUUGCAAUAAGCAAUAUUAAGCAACGGUAAAAUCAGGAAUCAUCGCUAUCUGCCUAGGAAUGCUUCUUCAAAAUCCCUGAAAUUUACCAAAAAUAAAUCAUCUUUGA